AUGAAAAAUAUAUUCAUUUCAGGUGGAUGUAAUUCAGUCUAUAAUGGUCUUGAUGUUUGUUAAUUUGAAGAAAACUAACAUUUGAUAGCAUUUCCUUGUAGUAAUUAAGUAAAUUUAUGAAUAUCUUAGAUAUUAGUGUAUGACAUUAAGAAAUUAAAAAUUAUAUAUUCUUAUUCAACCUUUAAUAAGAGAGUUAAUUUUGUAAGAUUUUUAAAUGCAACUACUUUGGUAGCAGCAGAUGGAGAAGGUAGAAUAGCAAUAUUUAAUGAUUCAUAAGUUUUACACGAAACAAAAUUAAAUGAAUCAAUAUAAUUGUUCAAAAUCAUAGAUAAACAUAUAAUAACCUUAUCAAUUGAUGGUCUUGUUACAGUACUAGAUUUAGAAUUAAAAGAACUAUCAAAACUUGAAUUUGGUAAUAAUGUGAUGGAGAAUAUUGAUGCAAUAUAAUUUAAUAAUCACAUUUUUGUUGCUCUUAGUGGCGUAGAUACUCAAAUUCAUUUAUACAUUUUAGAAAACAAUUAAUUAUUAUAUAAGGCAUCUGUGAAAGGCCAUUAAAGAAGUUUAAAUCAUUUACAAUUUCAUUUAAAAAAUAAAGAAUAUUUGCAAUUAGCAAGUGCAUCAAAAGACACAUACACUAGAAUUUGGAGAAUCUAUAAAACUAAUGAAGUAGAAGCCAAAACUAAAUCUUUUAGAAUCGAUUAAUAAUUGUAUAGUUUCAAAUUGGAGACUAUUCUUUAAGGACAUAUUGAGGAGGUUUCAUCAGUGAAUUGGUUAAAUGAGGACAUUAUUUUGACUGGUUCAUUUGAUUAUAAUGUAAUUAUUUGGAAACUAGAUAAAGAUACAGGUUUAUGGUUGAGUGUUUCAAGAUUAGGAUAGACUAGCGGGAAUAAGAAUUAGAUAUUUGGAUUAUAAACAUCAUUUGAUAAACAAUAUAUUAUAUGUUAUACUUUAACUGGUGGAAUUUAUAUUUGGAAAUAAGAAUAAGAUAAUUGGGUAGAAUUACCUGUAAUAACUGGUCAUUAUGCAGAAGUGACAGAUUUGGAUUUUAAGGAUUAUUUAUUAACUUGUAGUAUAGAUUAAACUAGUAGAAUAUUUGCUAAAUGGAUUCAAAAUGAUACUUAUCAUGAAAUAUCUAGACCAUAAAUUCAUGGUUAUGAUUUGAAUGCUAUUAAAUAAAUUGGAAAUCAAAUUAUAAGUGGAGGAGAUGAAAAAAUAUUAAGAAUGUUUAAUCCUUCUCCUUUUACUAUUAAUUAACUUAAUUAUUUAAAUGAAUAAAAUAUUGACUCAUCUGUUUUUUUGAAUUAAAAUAUCCCUUCACAAAUUAUUAAUUAUAAUAAUAGAAAAUUUAAUGAAUUUAAAUUAGCAACUGAAGGAAUUCAAUAGGCACUUGGAUUAAUGAAUGUAUAAAUGCAAUUUGAAGAUGAAGAAGAUGAGAAGUAAUGUAUAUUUUAAAUUUUAUAGUGUCAAAAAUAAUGAAGAAGAAAUAAAUCUUGAAGUAAAAUAUGGAUAACCUCCAAAUGAUGCCCUAUUGGCUAAGAAAUCAUUAUGGUCUGAAACUAACAAAUUAUAUGGACAUGGAUAUGCAAUUUCAGCUAUUGCUAUUCAUUAAAAUAUAGCUGCUUCAUCUUCUGUUGCCAUUACAUCUAAAGCAGCUGAAAUUAUUAUAUGGGAUACAAAUACAUUCAAAAUUAAAUAAUUAUUACCUUGUCAUAGUUACACUAUUGUUUAACUAAACUUUUCUAAGAGUGGCAAAUAUUUGAUUAGUGUUAGUAAAGACAGAUGUUUAGGAGUAUUUGUUAAAUAAGAUGAUAAUAACUAUUAAUUACUAUCUAAGUCAUAACCUUGUUCAAGAAUUAUAUAUACUUGUUCAUUCAAUAAUGAUGAAUCUCUAAUAUUUACUGGAAGUAGAGAUAAAAAAUUUAGAAUUUAUAAAACUACGGAAGCUUUGUUGCCAAUUAAAGAAAUAGAAUUUUCAGAUGAAAUAACUGCUAUAGAUUCUGUUUAUCUUGAUAACAAAUAAAUAGUAGCUGUAGCAUAUGGUUAAGGAUAACUUGAAAUAUUUAAGUUUACAUAAACUCUAGAGUUGAAUUUAUUAUCUAGUGUAGAUAAAUAUCAUUAACAUUCAAAAACAAUUAAUAGAAUUAAAUUUAAUAAUAAUUUGCUUGCUUCAUGUAGUGAUGAUCACACAGUCAGAAUAUAUUAAAUAUGA